AAGCGCGCACACCGGAAGUGAGCUGCAGUGUCUCGACUCUCGGAUCAGGCAGACAUGGCGUGUUUGCUCCCGAGCAGCAGUUCAACUAUGUUUUCUUCUCCAACAACAACAACGCGGCGACUGAGACACCGCUCGUGGAUACGCUGUUUGUUUUUGGCGAUGUGUUUAACGUCGCCGCCGGUCUCCGCGAAGCCGGACAGCCUCAGGGAAGUCACCGACGGGAACUGGGAGGACAUCCUGUCGGGAGAAUGGAUGAUUGAAUUCUACGCACCCUGGUGUCCGGCGUGCCAGCAGCUGCAGCCGGCGUGGAAGGAGUUUGCGGACUGGGGGGAGGACAUGGGGGUCAACAUAGCCAAGGUGGACGUGACAGAUCAACCCGGUCUGAGUGGGCGAUUCAUCAUCACUUCACUUCCUACUAUUUACCACUGCAAGGACGGCGUCUUCAGGAAGUAUCAAGGAGCUCGCACUAAAGAGGACUUCCUCAGCUUUGUCGAUGAGCAGAAAUGGAAAGCAGUUGAGCCAGUCUCCUCCUGGCUCGGGCCAUCUUCAUUUCUAAUGAAUUCAAUGUCUGCUUUGUUCAAGCUCUCCAUGUUCAUCCGGCGUUGUCAUAACUACAUGACGGAGCAGCUGGGGAUUCCUGUUUGGGGGUCUUACGUCAUCUUUGGCCUGGCCACUCUGUUCUCUGGCCUUGCACUUGGGCUGUUACUGGUCUUCAUCGCAGACUUUGUCUUCCCCUCGCGUCGAUUUUCUUCUCAGGAUUACUACCAAAAAAAACAGACGAUGGAGCAGGCAAGAUUAUUCCAACGACAAGAGGCCGAACAUGAGGCAGAUGGCGAGGAAGACGACGACGAAGAAGAAGAAGAGGAUGACGACAGCGAUGUCUGGAGGACAAGGAGAGGGUCACCAGAGGGUCGCCCAGAAUCAAAGGGACAAGGAUUCUCUGAUGAAGCUCUGAGGAAGAGGGUGGUGGGAAACCGUGAGGACGAUGACGACGAUGAGGAGGACACUUAAAGAAUCACCCGUUCUCUACUCCUUUUGAGAAAAUCAACGAGGAGUCUGCAAAGUCGGAGGAGUUUUGGUCCUGAGCAGCAGUGUUUACAGCAGGGAGCCCCUUAAGCCUAACCCCUUUAACUUCCCCCUUUUCCCUUUUCUCCUCCUCCUCCUCCCUCUCUGGGCCCCCUAGAAACACCUCGCCUCUUUGCUUCUCCUUCUCUUGUUUUUAAAUGGGAGCGCUUUAGACUCUCACACUGCUCUCUCUGCCUGAGCAGAAGGCUCCAGCUGGAAAAAAGCAAAAACACUCCUGACACCUGUUUUCACUUGUUGAAACAAAAAGCAUUGUCAAGGUUUAGGUAUGAAGAGCGGCAGAGAUGGAUUUUGCAAUGUUGUUUAUGCUAUGCAUUGUUUUUUAAAGAAAUGUGUGUUAAUUAUAUGUUUAUUAUUCUGAGUGAUUAUAACAGGCUUUGGGUUACUUUGUACCGUUUGACUAUUCAGCUUAUCUAUACAAACAGUUAUAAUACCUUGCAUAUAUUUACAAACUGACAGUUCAGUUUAACACGAUGCACACACACCAUUCCACAUUUAGCUGUUUGAUGGAUAAAAGAGUGGAAAGGAAUGGCUCAAAGGUUUUUGUUAUAAUCCUCACAAACCGAUAAUUUGAUUCUUUAUGAGAAAUACUUAAUAAAAAAGCAACCAAUGCAUCAGUUUACACCAUAGACUGUAUAUUGAUAAACGCCUCCAUCUCCUUCUGCUGUUGAAAAAAAAAAGAAGCCAAUUUACCCUCACAGCGGGUGCUGACAGUGCGCUGAUGUUGCAGUUGAAGCCAAGACACGUGCAGAAAGGAGCUGGCUGGUUGAUCCUUGGAACUGAUGUUAACCAAAGCACUCGUCAAAACGUACCUGUAAAAUCGGUGCAGUCUACGGCAAUACAGACUCUUGUUUCGGUUUGAAGCAGACGCCGUUUUAUGAAAGUUGAAAAACCUUUGUGUUAGCGUUCGUCAUGAUUCCUCUGGCAGUUCUUCCUCUACCCUGCUAAUCUGAUACAGAGCGCUGUAGGAGAUGCAUUUGUCAACAGAGCUAUCGAACAUGACGUUGCAUCUCCUCUUCUUCCACAUAAAAAAACUUAAUGAAACAAAUGUUCUCAGAAAAGUGAAAACUUGGUCAUAAAUCAGAUUCACAAUAUCGAACAUUAUUUUGUAUUAACAUGUAUUUUCUAUUUUGAAGUUUGCUCCCUGUGUCAUCUGUUAACAUGGAGGAGGUGCGGUUUAUAUAAUUCUGGCUUCACUUUUCAGCAGCGCUUGUGCUGUCCAUUCUUUAUACAGUCUGUGGUUUACACAGUUUAGCCAAACAAACUCUGUUUUGAUAAAGAGGUUUUGCUCAUUAUAACUGCAAUGCUUCAAUUAGUGCUCCCUGGCUGCACUGGCUCCUUUUGCUCCAAUACUUCCAAUUGUAGAAACCUUUAUUGGUAAUUGCUUCACAAUUAAAGCCCAUAGACCACUGCACCAGUUGAGCAGUUGUAGGAAGGAUGUGUUGUGAUUUGCAGUGACUUCAUUCAGCUCUGCUACAGUGUGUCAGGAGAGUCGACAGUAAAGAAAUGAUGAUCUGAAUUAGAUAAGUCCCAUAAAUCUUGAUUAAGUGUCUGACAUACAUUUCAGUAUGAAGCAGUGGCUUAUAAAAAGAGGUGGAUGUAGUGUUCUGGGUUUUUUAAUGUGAAAGAACUUGAAAUGUUUCAACCUGCAUUUCUUUAAAUGGCCAGCAGGAGGGUGAACAUGCUGUUUGCAAAAAAGUGUUGGAUUCAAUAGAAGACCCCUCUUUUCACUUGACUUAUUACAUCAGUAUAUUCUUCUUUUUCCCUGAAGUUUUCUGUUCUUCAUUGAUAGUUUAAUGUUUUCUCCAAUCGAGCAUGAUUUUCAUUUGUACAUUGAGGUCUUGUUGACAGAAAAUUGUGCACAUUUUGCUUCUGAUGUCAAAACCAACCUUUAGGCUUCAAAACAGUGUCCCACCCCCCAAAAAACUCAAAUAUAACUAAGUUUAUUUGUCUGAUUUCUUUACAGAAAUAUGAAUCAUUAACCUAAUUAAAAAAACAACAACAUGCACCUGACCUUGAACCUUGAAAUAAGAUUGAGUUACCUUGACUCGUCAGGUGAAUGUGGCUUAUAUUGAGCACAUGGAGAUGUUUUUCAUUGAAUCCGACAAAUACACUCUGUAAUAUUUGAGAUUUUGCAGUGCACAAACCAAUGUGUGAUGUCACAGCUGGGAAAUCCAAAUGUACAGUCUUUGGUGUUGGAGGCCUUUUUGAAUCCAGUGUUAGAAUGGCCAACUCCACCAUAGAAAGUAUUUUAAUAAACAUUUCAAUUUCAGAAAAAGGAAACAGACCUCAAAUUGUUUAAACAAAUUCAGGGUUUGAUUUAGUUAAAGUCUUAAGGAUUAUAACUUAAACACAGGACACAGAGGUUAAAAUCUAUUUUUAGUUCUUACCCUGAGUGUGUGUUAAGUGUGCAUCGUGUCUGCACAGGUACGUACGGGGCAGGAACCCUUCUCAAAGCAUCUGUGCUCUGCUCAGUAAUCACACCAAAGCUUUGACUGCUGCGUUCUCAACAGUCUGCAGAAAAGUAAACCACGCUAAGAAGAUGCUUAUUUCUAUUCACUCCCAAUAAGACGCCUGGUGAAUGUUGUUCUGUAGAUACUGUAUGACUCCAUUAUGUUCUCACAAAAUCAACCACUGAGAUGUAAAACGUUAUUUUUUGUUUCUUAUAUUUACGUGUGUUUCUCCUCAUUGUCAAACAAUGUCUUCUUAAAAGGUCGUAUUGACGUGUGGCAUAUCUGUCCUGAUGCUGCUCUGCUUUGUUGGAACAGUACGAGGACUUAAAUGAACAAAGGGAGGUUUACUUUUAUCCUACUGUAAUCUUGUUUUAACCCCUUUCAAACAGUAUUUCAUUUUGUACACCAGAACUUCUGAGACUAAUUUCUCCUUUAAUGAGUGCAGUUUUUGUGAUGUGGUUGCUGGCACUUUCUGCAUAUAUUUCAUAGAGUAGAAGGGCAGCCUGUGUCUGUGUCUGUCUGAGCUGUGUGUGUGUGUGUGUGUGUGUGAGAGAGAGAGAGAGAGACAUGUUUUCAAUGCUCAUUUCAUUGUUUAUUUUAUUGGACUUAAAGAUGACUGGAGUAGAUGUUUUUCUUUCUGCUAUUCUCUAUUCUACAAAAAGUGAAUAACUAAUUAAAUAACUGGAUGAAACCGGUUGCCUUUUUUACCUGUCCACCCUGAAAGGCUUGUAGCAUUCACUCUGAGCUUCUUCUUUGAACAUUUUGUUGAAUAAAGAUUGAACUCUGGAAACUGUA